UAUAUAUUUACUAUAAAAUAAGGAACGAAUUUCAAAAUUUUAAUAUAAUGGCUAGUGCAAAUGAUAUUAAACGAGCUAGAGCAAAAAUUCAUAAAGUAGUUAAAACUAGGCAAAAGAAUUUAUAUUUAUCAAAUUUUGCAUUAAAUGAAAUACCAAAUUGCAUUGAAAAGUGCACAUUUCUCUGGAAACUUUAUUUGGACAAAAAUCAUUUACAAAGGGUACCUAAACUUGAAAUCUUUUGCGAUUUACAAAUUUUGGCAUUAGACCAUAAUGAACUUAAUGCAUUUCCCACUGAAUUAUGCAAACUGGAUAGGUUACGCUUUUUAAAUGUAAGUUAUAACAGGAUUGUAAGUUUACCAGCACAAAUCGGAAAUCUUCUAUCAUUGGAAGCAUUAUGGUGUAAUUAUACGGGUCUUGCUAAUAUUCCUGAAGAAAUUGGUAAUUGCAUUAGUUUACGAACAUUUGGAGCACGAGGCAAUAAGAUAAGACAAUUACCAGAUUCUUUUGGCAUUCUUCAUAGCUUACGUUGGGCAACAUUUGAAUCAAAUCAGUUGAGAAGAAUUCCAGACACAAUGGGUACUCUGGAAAAUCUUAAACAUCUAAAUUUAAAGUCAAAUUUAUUACAAUUCAUACCAAUUUGCUUAAGUUACAUGUAUGGGUUAAGAUAUGUAAAUCUUUCAUAUAAUAAUAUAAAUAUUAUGCCAUGCGAUAACGAAUUACAAACCCUGGAGUUCAUUAAUGUGAUUAAUAUAAGUAAUAAUCCCAUAUGCAACGACGUCGAUCUAGAUCACUAUGUUAUGAACUUUGAAAAUAUCAUGUUUGAAGAUAUAAUUAAUUUACUUGGAGCAAGGAAUUUAAACAACGAUGAACGUAUCAAUGAAGAAUUUGAUUGGGAAAAUAGUGUUGCUACAAGUGAAAUUAAUUCUGCCGAGCAAACUUCAACAAUUAUUUCUUUCAUUUAUGAACUAAUCGCUUAUACUUUACAACCAAUUUAUAACCUCAUUACCAGACCUUUUCGCACAUAAAAUCUACUACACAUCAAUUGUAAUUACAUAUGUAUAUGUACGUAUAUAAAUAAAAUUUAAAAUUAUUAAAUUGUCAA